AUGGGUGGGAUGCAUUUUAUGAAAAAGUGGUGGAUUCUUGUGGUAAUCUUGAAAUUGAUGUGCCCGACAUGGAGUCAAGAUUUUAUAAUGAAAGAGUUGGGUGAUCGAUUUACACCGGAAAAUGUUGAGUUGUUGAAUUGUGUAGCAUGCUUGAAUCCUUAUUCUUCUUUUCAAGAUUUUGACAUUAAAUCACUUGUGAGGUUGGCAAGAUUCUACCCAAAUGGCUUUGAAAAUGUUAGUGAUAAGGAGUUGUCUAGCCAACUUGAAACUUAUAUUGAGUGUGUCAAGAUGGACGAUAAUUUUUCCAAGUUGAAGGGUAUUUCGGAUCUAUGUAGGACUCUUGUUCGUACAAAAAAACACAAGACAUUUCGAUUUGUGUACACACUUUUGAAGCUAGCUUUGUCAUUACCGGUGGCCACGGCAAGUGUUGAGCGAGUAUUUUCUGGCAUGAAAUAUGUGAAGAAUGAGUUGAGAAAUCGAAUGGCAAAUUCAUGGCUUAAUGAUUGCUUGGUGGCAUUUGUGGAAAAAGAAGUGUUUAUUACAGUCGAUGAUCUAGAUAUUAUCAAGCGCUUUCAAGCCAUGAGUAAGAGGAGAAUGCAUUUACGAUUGGACUAG